UACAAGCAACCGAGGCAGCUGGAUCACCAAGCCUGGAAUAGAACGCUGAUCCUGUGUGACCACGAAAGCCUUUCAUUUGUCAUUUCAAAGGAGGAGUUUAAGAAUUUCAUCUUCUCAUGUUGCAGUUUGUUUAAUUCCCCAGCUUGGGAGGGACUGAUACAGGAACCAGGUGGAGCUGCUCCUAGCGAGGGAUAUUCAGAUGCCCAACUACACAGACCCACGACGGGAAGUUGAUACGUUUUACGGCUGUGUUGGCGGCAUGAGGACAGCUCAGCCCACAGUGUGCUUCAGGAACAGGCAGCAAUCCCUGCUAACAUCAGUGACACUGCUAUCCCUCUGUUACCUGGUGCUGCUCUACCCCUCCCACCACAGGCAGCAGGAUAUCUGGAGAUAUUACAGCAUGCCCGAGGAUUAUGUUGUGCAACUCCACAAUCGAAGCCAGCAGAUAAUCUCUAGCACUUGCAAAGCAAACUCGAGCCAGUCCAAAUUCUCCGCACUGUAUUCGGGGAAGCAGCUGCCCAGGAUUCCUGUUUUUGUGAGGAAAGGGAUGAUCCCACGUCCAGGCACCACACCUUACAGUCCACCCCUGGGCUUCAGAGAUUGUGAGGAACAGCUGCAGGAAGUCGUGGAGAUGCUGCCACAAGCAGACCUUCCAAAAGGGGUGGCACUGGGCACCUGCUCGAGGUGUGUGGUUGUGGGGAAUGGUGGCAUUCUGCGAGGCAGCAGGCUCGGGGCCUACAUUGACCAACAUAACAUCAUUAUCAGGAUGAAUAAUGGGCCCGUGGUAGGUCAUGAGGACGAUGUGGGAUGGAAGACAACACUGAGGAUUACAUACCCAGAAGGUGCUCCCCUAUCUCCCAAGGAAUAUGAUCCAAGCUCACUGCUUGUGAUGGUGACAUACAAAAGCACAGACCUGGCUUGGCUAAAGGCAAUGGUCAGGAAGGAGCCAAUGAAUCUUUGGCAAAAGAUGUGGUUUUGGCAGUCAGUGGUUGAGUCAAUCCCUUUAGAAUCGCAAAACUAUCGAGUAUUAAACUUGGAUAUCGUCAGAGAAGCAGCGCUGAAUCUGUUGGGCUUCCCAGAGCCUCACGACAACCAUUGGAGGUGGAAACAGGUGCUUCCAACAUUAGGAGUGAUUUCCAUCGUCACAGCCCUGUACCUGUGUGAUGAGGUUAAUGUUGCUGGUUUUGGCUAUGACAUGACACGGCCAGACCUACCUUUACAUUACUAUGAAACAGUCCGGAUGAAUGCGAUGAAUGCUCAAGCUGUGCACAAUGUGAAUCGAGAGAAACGCUUCCUUGCUUCUUUAGUGAGAGCCAACGUUGUCAAUGACCUUACCAAUGGGAUAAGGUGGUAGAAGGACACUGAAGAUCCACAGCCCACUGUUGAAAUCUCAAUCUUUUUAAACAUUUAAAACAAAAGGAAUAUUUCAGCAACAUCUUCAUGUUCAAUCAUAGACAAGCACCAGACAAAUGACACAGUGUUCUUCCUUCAGAAUUUUCCAAACAGAAGCAAUGCACGAGAGAUUUAAGCAGAAAAUGGUCACACAGCCAUUGUGGAGGGGUGAGUUAACCAGAGUUAGUACACUUGGGGGCACUCAGUUAGCCCAAACAACUUUUGCGGCUGUUACAAGACAGGAGACACAGCUAAAACAAGAUUAGCAAGAAAGCCAAAACUGAAGCAAGUUAAUAGCUAGCAAAGAAUCAAACUGAAAUCAUGAAAUGAUGCGUGGUUUUAAUACACAAGAAAUAUCUAUAGAACAUAGAACAUUACAGCACAGUACAGGCCCUUCGGCCCUCGAUGUUGUGCUGACCUGUCAUACCGAUCUCAAGCCCAUCUAACCUACACUAUUCCAUGUACGUCCAUAUGCUUGUCCAAUGACAACUUAAAUGUACCUAAAGUUGGCGAAUCUACUACCGUUGCAGGCAAAGCGUUCCAUUCCCUUACUACUCUCUGAGUAAAGAAACUACCUCUGACAUCUGUCCUAUAUCUUUCACCCCUCAAUUUAAAGCUAUGUCCCCUCGUGCUCGCCGUCACCAUCCUAGGAAAAAGGCUCUCCCUAUCCACCCUAUCUAACCCUCUGAUUAUUUUAUAUGUCUCAAUUAAGUCACCUCUCAACCUUCUUCUCUCUAAUGAAAAUAGCCUCAAGUCCCUCAACCUUUCCUCAUAAGACCUUCCCUCCAUACCAGGCAACAUCCUAGUAAAUCUCCUCUGCACCCUUUCGAAAGCUUCCACAUCCUUCUUAUAAUGCGGUGACCAGAACUGUACACAAUACUCCAAGUGUGGCCGCGCCAGAGUUUUGUACAGCUGCAGCAUAACCUCUUGGUUCCGGAACUCAAUCCCUCUAUUAAUAAAAGCUAAAACACUGUAUGCCUUCUUAA